GCCCCUUCCCGUUUUCGCUUGCCGGGUCCGCAUGGCAGUCGGAAAGCACCCGGGGGCCAGACCGCGGUCCGGACCUGCCAUGGCCCAGCGGAAGAAAAAGAAGGGGCUUAAGAGGCGCCGGGGCGCAGCCUCCCAGGCCCUCAGUAGCGACUCGGAGGACGGCGAGUUUGAGAUCCAGGCGGAAGAUGACACCCGGGCUCAGAAGCUGGGACCCGGCAGACCCCUGCCCACCUUCCCUACCUCGGAGUGCACCUCGGACGUGGAGCCGGACACGCGGGAGAUGGUGCGGGCCCAGAACAAGAAGAAGAAGAAGUCGGGAGGCUUCCAGUCCAUGGGCUUGAGCUACGCGGUGUUCAAAGGCAUCAUGAAGAAGGGCUACAAGGUGCCCACACCCAUCCAGAGGAAGACCAUCCCGGUGAUCCUGGACGGCAGGGACGUGGUGGCCAUGGCCCGGACGGGCAGCGGCAAGACGGCCUGCUUCCUCAUCCCCAUGUUCGAGCGGCUCAAGGCCCGCAGCGCGCAGACCGGGGCCCGCGCCCUCAUUCUCUCGCCCACCCGCGAGCUGGCCCUGCAGACCAUGAAGUUCACCAAGGAGCUGGGCAAGUUCACCGGCCUCAAGACUGCCCUGAUCCUGGGCGGGGACAAAAUGGAAGACCAGUUUUCAGCCCUGCAUGAGAACCCUGACAUAAUCAUCGCGACCCCGGGGCGCCUGAUGCACGUGGCCGUGGAGAUGAACCUGAAGCUGCAGAGUGUGGAGUACGUGGUGUUUGACGAGGCCGACAGGCUCUUCGAGAUGGGGUUUGCAGAGCAGCUGCAGGAAAUCAUCGGCCGCCUCCCUGGGGGCCACCAGACGGUCCUGUUCUCCGCCACGCUGCCAAAAAUGCUGGUGGAGUUUGCCCGGGCUGGCCUCACGGAGCCUGUGCUCAUUCGGCUAGACGUGGACACCAAACUCAACGAGCAGCUCAAGACCUCCUUCUUCCUCGUGCGGGAGGACACCAAGGCCGCCGUGCUCCUCUACCUGCUGCGCACCGUGGUGCGGCCCCAGGACCAGACGGUGGUGUUUGUGGCCACAAAGCACCACGCCGAGUACCUCAGUGAGCUGCUGGCGGCCCAGCGGAUGAGCUGCGCCCACAUCUACAGCGCCCUGGACCAGACGGCCCGCAAGAUCAACCUGGCCAAGUUCGCCCACGGCAAGUGCUCCACGCUCAUCGUGACCGACCUGGCGGCCCGGGGCCUGGACAUCCCGCUGCUGGACAACGUCAUCAACUACAGCUUCCCGGCCAAGGGCAAGCUCUUCCUGCACCGUGUGGGUCGUGUGGCCCGGGCCGGCCGAAGUGGCACGGCCUACUCCCUGGUGGCCCCAGAUGAGGUCCCCUACCUGCUCGACCUGCACCUGUUCCUGGGCCGUGCCCUCUCCCUCGCCCACCCCCAGGAGGAGCCCUCUGCAGGCGCGGUGGGCGUGGACGGCGUGCUGGGCCGCGUGCCGCAGAGCCUGGUGGACGAUGAGGACUGCAGCCUGCGGAGCGCGCUGGAGGCCUCGCUGGAGCUGCGGGGCCUGUGUCACGUGGCCGACAACGCCCUGCAGCAGUACGUGCGCUCGCGGCCGGCGCCCUCCCCCGAGUCCAUCAAGCGGGCUAAGGAGCUGGACCUCGCGGGGCUGGGCCUGCACCCCCUCUUCAGCUCGCGCUUCGAGGAGGAGGAGCUGCAGCGGCUGCGGCUGGUGGACACCCUCAAGAAGUACCGCUCGCGGGCGACCAUCUUUGAAAUCAACGCCUCCAGCCGGGACUUCAGCAGCCAGGUGAUGCGCGCCAAGCGGCGGAAGGACAGCAAGGCCAUCGCCAGCUUCCAGCAGGGGCGGGAGGAGCGGCGGGAGCUGCAGGGGCGGCAGGAGGGCCUGGCCGGCCCAGCCCCAAGCUGCUCAGCACCGGAGGAGCGGCCUGAGGAGGAGGAGGCAGCGGCAGGAGAGAGUGCGGAGGACGUCUUCGCAGAGGUCGUGGGCCGGAAGCGGCAGCGGCCGGGACCUGACUGCGGAGCCAAGCGGCGGCGGGCGGAGGCCGGGCAGCGGGACCAGGACUUCUACGUCCCCUAUCGGCCCAAGGACUUCGACAGCGAGCGGGGCCUGAGCGUCGGCGGGGACGGGGGCGCCUUUGAGCAGCAGGUGGCCGGCGCCGUCCUGGACCUGAUGGGAGACGAGGCCCAGAACCUGACCAAGGGCCGGCAGCAGCUCAAGUGGGACCGGAAGAAGAAGCGGUUUGUGGGGCAGUCGGGACAGGAGGACAAGAAGAAGAAGAAGAUCAAGACGGAAAGUGGCCGCUACAUCAGCAGCUCCUACAAGCAGGACCUCUACAAGAAGUGGAAGCAGAAACAGAAAAUCGACGACCGCGACUCCGAGGAGGAAGGGGCGUCGGACCGGCGAGGCCCCGAGCGGAGGGGCUGGAAGCGGGGCCGAGGCCAAGGCCAAGGUGCCCCCCAGCCCCGCGCCCCAGGCGCCCCCGCAGGCCGCGUGCGCUCGGAGCUCAAGACCAAGCAGCAGAUCCUGAAGCAGAGGCGCAAAGCCCAGAAGAUGCGCUUCCUGCAGCGCGGGGGCCUCAAGCAGCUCUCCGCCCGCAACCGGCGCCACGCCCAGGAGCUGCAGCGGGGCGCCUUUGGCCGGGGCGCCCGCUCCAAGAAGGGCAAGAUGAGGAAGAGGAUGUGAAGACGACCCAGCCCUGAGGCUCCAUGCCUGGCCCAAGUGCGGACGUCAGCAGACGCUCCUUGCGUACCACUGCGUGCCUGUCCCCUCUCUGGGUGUCCGGGAGCUCCCUGCAGGGACCGUCGUCCGUGAAGAGGAGUGCUGUGCUGGCCACGGGGGCAGCAGCUGCCUCUGCCUGAGCCACAGGCGUUUGAGCAGGGUCCUGAAGGGUGCAUAGGAGUUCGCCAGCAAGGCCAGGCAGGCCAAGACCUGAAUGGGCGACUCAGCUCCUGCUGCUUCCGUGUGCUCCGGGUUCAGAGGCCGUGGCCACACGGGUCUGAGCUGUGACUGCGUGAGGCACAUGGUGUGUUCUUAGUGUAAUAAACCUCUCCUGAGCUGCA